GUCCGGAACCACAUUUUUACGCUUCUAAUCUCUACUCUCUAAACAUAUACUCAAAACUAAUCUCCAUUUUUGUUUCUCUUUUUUGAGUCUUUUCUAUAGUCUACUUGUAUCAGCUACUUAACCUUUUGUGCGCAUGCUUCUCUCUUUCUUCUGUAACAAUCUCUCUCGAGCCCCUUUCACCGGUUUCGUUAUGACGGGAGAGUUACAGGAAACGACGGCGCCGUGUGCGGCUAUAACUGAGAAACGACCAAAUCGACUUGGUGGUUGUGUCGGUGUUUUCUUCCAGCUCUUUGAUUGGAACCGACGCUUUGCUAAAAAGAAACUCUUUUCUCGCAAAUCACUUCUUCCUGGGAAACAAGUGUCGAAGAGGUUUGGAGGGAAUGAGAAGAUGUUAAAGUCAAAGCUUAAUCUGAUUGAUGAUGAGAACAGAGGAAGUUUUCCUAAUAGAGGUGAAGUUGGAGAGCUUAAGAAGCAUGAAAUGAGAUCUCCUAGUUUAGUAGCACGUUUAAUGGGACUUGAAUCAAUGCCAUCUAGUCAUAGAGACAAAGGGAAGAAUAAGAAGAAGAAACCGUUGUUUUCGCAGAUUCAGGAUACCGAUAAAUGUGACUUGUUUGAUGUGGAAGAAGAAGAAGAUAGUGGUUUUGAUAAGUUAAGGCCACAGAAGAUGCAGAGAACAACGGGAGUGUGUGAUAGGCGUGUUGCGGUGAAGAAGUUUGGCUCUGAUGCGUUGCAGAUUAAGAAUGUUUUGACUAGAGUAAGGAAACAUCAUCAGUAUAAUAGUCAUCAUCAGCAUCAGAAACUAGCUUCUCCUGUUAGAAGUCCGAGGUUGAAUAGAAAAAGUUCUAGGUUGAUUGAUGCUGCUGCUAGGAUUCUUGAACCGGGGAAGAGAAAUGCGAAAUGCGCUAUUGCUUAUCCUGGUUCUUCGGGGUUUAGAAGGUUUGAAAAUGCUGGGAAAGAACCGGUUGAAGUUGUUGUUUCACCGGAGUUUCAAUGUGGUUAUAAUAGUAGUGUUGCUUCUUGUAAAGCUUGUGGUAGCUUGGUUGAUGUUAAUGGUUCGAGUCCGGUAGUUGAAGAAACUGGAAAGAACGUGGCGUGUGUUUCUGAAUCAACGCCUUUUCAACGGAGUAAAAGAAAUGUGUUUUGGAGAAAUGAAGACAGUACAGAUCAAGUGGUGAGGAAAGCUCUACACCGUGCUCGAUAUGACUUCAAUGGGAAGCAUGGAAAGGAUGAAAUGUCGCUGCCGGGUUUUAGAAACAGAGAUUAUCAUAAUAAGGUGUUGCAUAGGGAGGAAAGGUUUACUCCGGAAGCUCGAUCUUUCGCCUUACCGAGUAAAAGAGGUUGUUCUUCACCUGCUAAUGCUAUCAACUGUAAAGAGAAGGACUUUAUAGCUAUGAAUAGAGGUUCAACUAGUAGGAAUCAUCACUUGAAGUCCCCGGUUAAAUUUGAAAACUCUGAUUUGAAUCUGCAGAGAAAAUCUCAGACUAGAGUUGAGGAGUCUAGUAGUAGAUCAGUAUUAAGCACGCCUGGACGGAAGAGGAGGCUAGCUUGUGAUAGUGGUCACGGACGAGGAAGUAGCUUUACGAGUCCAGUGUCAAAAAGGUUAGAUGGUGAAUGCUCUUGCGCUGUUAGUAAUGGCCCCAGCGGUAGCAAUGAAACUGCAUUUCCAUCACUGAAACUUGGUUCACUUCACAGAAAUAAUAGCCAAUGCUGUAGAGAAACUAAAGAGAGAAAAGGAGUUCAACGUGUUCCAAGACCAUCCUUUACGAAAAGGCCACCGCUUGAUGUAGGUACUCUCGGGUUGAUUCAGCAAAAGUUGAAAGAAUUAGCUUCUCAAGAAGAAGAUGAGGUUAUAGGAGGAAGUGCUUUUCCCAAUAAAUCAGCAUCUUUGAUUCUUCAUGAAUUGCUAUCUUCUUUAGCUUUGGAGCAGCGUUAUAAUCGAGAUAUCGAUAUGCCUUACGCAGAAACAGCUUAUCGGAGGAAAGGCAAAACAGAGUUGUGGAGCUCCGUUGGAAAUGCUAACAGUGAGUACACUAGCCCCGGUUCUGUACUCGAUGCAUCUUUCUCCAAUGAGAGUUGUUUUUCAAAUAGCUUUGACAAUGUCUCAGUUCCAGGCCAAAUGAGACUACCUCUAGAGCCUAUAGAACCCGAUUGGACCAUUCUCGAAGAUUCCGCGACUUCAUUCACGAAUUCAACAAGUGGUGGUAAUUAUCAAGCGAUCGCGAGUCUUGUUAGCCAUGUCUCUAACGUCCUGCGAUGUUUAAGCAACACAGGUCUCAUAUUAACGCAGCAGAGAUUCACAAUUGCUAGAGAAGUCAUUAUCCACACCGAGCUAUUAGUUGGUACCACUAAUACACAAGAGAACUACCUCAUCAGACCAGAACUCUUCGACGAACUAAUGAUCUACGCAGCUCGUUCUGAUAAUCUAGUCAACCUCCCUGGACUAACCGGUGGGUUCCUCGUAGAUGCCAUGAUUGAACACUUGGAAGAAAGAAACAUUUCCUGCGGACUAAAUCCUUUGAGUGCUAAACCUGACGAGUUGAUUCGAGGAGUUCUUGAAGAAGUUCCAAAGUGGACUCGGAUUAAUAUGGAUGAGGUUAUCGGUAUCGAAAUGGAGAAAUGGCUUGAUCCUGAAACUCAUCUAUUUGGAAUAGGAUCAGAGAUUGCAUACGAGAUCCUUCGGUGUUUGGUUAGCGAGUUAACAACCGAUCUUGGGAAAUCCUUACCAGUGAAAACUAAUCUCUUUUAGAACUAAUCAAUGUCACCAUUUCUU